AUGUGCUGGGUUUCUGUUGUCACGGAUAGAAGCAGGGCACAGGGGUGUUGGGACUGGUGGCUUUUUUGUCUGGAUAAUGUUAUUUGUACCAGUUGGGUCGAAGGGGAGGUCAGGAAAAGGAGCAGCGUGACAUUGCUGUGCGCAACAAUGGAGAGACUUGAAGAUGGGAAAAAAGAGGAACAAUAUAAACAGGGUGGGAAAACGCUGAGGAAUUCCGGGCUGGAAAGUGAUAUUGCAAGCAAGGUAGCAGCUGAGGCCCAACCUUGUUCGAUGGCGAAGCACCCAAACGUACGGAAGCGAAGACUACAGGUGGAGAUGUUAAGCUUGCAGUCAAAGAGCUCCGAUUUUUGCGCACCAUUAGGAGUGAAGAGGCGAGGGAGCAUGGAUAAACGUGAAGGCGGAGAGAAGGGUGGGAAGAUAUAUGGAAAGAUCAGAUAUGAAGAAGGUGCAUUGCACAGCAAAGGCUACUGGUCACAAGGCUUGCCUAAAAAGCGCACCAUGCCACAUGUUCUGGUUACCUUCGAUUCAGUGCGCGUCUGUGCCCGUCGGCAAAUGCCGAACUGUCGGAAAUCAAAGAGAAAGGGGCGAAAAAUCAAGGUUGUUCCUUCCUGGCGUGAAACGCCUAUCAUCUAUGGCAGACCUGACUGCCUCACUGGACACGUUUGUGCUUGAAUGAUAUCCAUCCGAUGUUCUAUAUGAAAAUUUCGAGUAAGAUGCUCCAGUUAUAAGGCAAGUUUCAAAAACGUGCCAGUCACGCGAGCUUAUCACAAUAUUAUCCCAACCCGAAAUCUGCACUCGCUAACACUUUGUGCGCUCUCAAUAUCCCCACUGCAG